AUGUGGUUAAUUAUGGUAUCAGUAGCGUGGUUAGCAGGAGUAACAUCAGGAAUUCCAUGUGAAGAAGCACGAUUAAAAUGCGCAUACAGAGUUGGCUGUGGAAUGGCUCUUCAGCACUAUUUAGUUGGAUGUUCGGCCGUUCUACAAGGUGACACUUUUCCCGAGUACUGCCCCGAAGUGUGCCAGUAUACACUUACUGCUCUUACCUCUACCGAAGAAGGGAUGGCUUUAAUGAAUUGCGAAUGCAGUGACGAUUACUGCAGAGACCAAAAAGUACGUACGGACAUCUGUAAACCCAAGGUGAUGCACUCGAUGUCCUCCGACGUGGUACCGUGUCGGGUGGCGCAGUGGAUUUGCAUGGCAGAUGCACUUUGUUCAAAAGCCCUGGAAUAUUACAAUGAGUUUUGUAAAGCUAUGUUCCACGGGAAAAAGUGCACUGCCAGAUGCAAUAACUCGAUCAAUAUAUUACGAAAGCAGGAGAAAGCGACGAAGUUGAAAACCUGCAAGUGUGAUGGUUAUGAAGAUUAUGAUUGUCAUAGUAUACAAAGAAACAUGGACAAAUUAUGCUUCCACAAACAUUCCAGGCACCACAACAGAACUCACACGGAGUGGCAUCACAACACAACCCACCACGAGUUCAAAGACGACGAAAUACCCACGGUGAUUCUUGCCAGCAGUUCUCUCAAACUUACCAUAAGCUGGGCGGUUAUGUUUUCCAUAGUAUUAGCUCUAGCGACGUGA